UAUUACAGAGAGCGCAGGCGCUCGUUUGGCUUCGAGCGUCCUAGGCUACUUGCUCUUUUCACGAGUUCUGAUUUCCGCCGGGAAGGAUUAUGGAGUCACGAGCCCUUUCAGUUCUACUGCUCGUACUAGGGCUCGUGCACUUGACAGGGACUUUAGCGGACAAUUCCGGGUCGUUGAAGAAGUUAAAGAUGCAGUAUGCCACCGGCCCGGUGCUCAGGUUUCAGAUUUGUGUUUCCUGAGGUUACAGGCGGGUGUUUGAGGAGUACACGCGGGUUAUCAGCCAGCGUUAUCCUGACAUCCGCAUUGAAGGAGACAAUUUUCUUCCUGCUCCUAUGUAUAGGCACAUAGCUUCCUUCUUUUCCAUCUUCAAGUUGGUGUUAAUAGGACUAAUUAUUGUUGGUAAAGAUCCAUUUGCAUUAUUUGGCAUGCCAGCACCAAGCCUUUGGCAGUGGGGUCAAGAGAACAAGGUCUAUGCAUGUAUGAUGGUUUUCUUUUUGAGCAACAUGAUUGAGAACCAGUGUAUGUCUACAGGUGCAUUUGAAAUCACAUUAAAUGAUGUCCCUGUAUGGUCCAAACUAGAAUCCGGUCACCUGCCUUCUUUGCAACAGUUGGUGCAAAUUUUGGAUAAUGAAAUGAAGCUUAAUAUGCCAAUGGAUUCUUUUCCUAAUCAUCGUGCAUAACAAAAUCUAUCAGCAUGGAAUCCUCUCAAGACGUGAUGGAGAUCUCUUCUGAGAGCAGUGUGGCAGAUAACAAUGAAGGCCUGUACUGAAAGCAGCAUACUGUUAGUGCAGACUGGAAGCUUAUUUCUGUCGAUUCUGUUUUAUCUUUGAAAAUGUCUUCAUGAUGCAAACAGAGAGUUGAGUCCUUGAAUAUUGUAAUCCCAUACACGGUCACCUGGUGCAGUUCAUUAUAUAGUUUAAUUUUAUUUUAAUAUGCAGAUUUUUUGAGGCAAUAAAGUACCUGAGUAACCUAA